AAUGACAUCAUCAAGAAUCUUGUUGCUCGUUCUUGUCGCUACAGCAUCUGCUUUCACAUAUAAUGAGGCAAUUGCUAAAGAGUAUGCAGCAUUGUCUUUUGCUUCCUAUUGUCCAAAUGCAGCAAUCCAUAAUUGGUCUGUUGGCUAUGUUAGUAGAUCAUAUCCAGAUUUGACAAACAUUGAAGUUUUUGAGAAUCUUGUUAGUGUAAGACUUGAAUAUUAAUUUAUAGGGAACAAAAGGAUAUAUUGCAUAUAACAAAAAAGAAUCAGCUAUUGUAGUUAUUUUCAGAGGAUCAUCCAAUAUUCAAAACUGGAUUGAAAACAUUUCUUUUGGAAAAACAGAUUAUAAUACAGCAUGUAAAUGCAAAGUACACACUGGAUUCCAUGAUGCUUUCUUGUCUCUUAAACCAAAACUUGAUACAUUAUUCCCAGGAUAUGUUACUAAAUACCCAUAUGCUGCUAUCCAUGUUGGUGGACAUAGCUUAGGUGGUGCCAUGGCUACAUUAUAUGCCUUAUAAUUAGCUGAAUAAGGAAAAACAGUUCAUUUGUUCAGUUAUGGUUCACCAAGAGUAGGAGAUCCAGAUUUCUAUGAUUGGUUCACUAAAUAUACAAAAAUAACUCAUUUCAGAGUUGUACACUAAAAUGACACUGUUCCUCAUGUAUAAAAAAUAUAUAUAUUAUAUAGCUUCCAUUAUAUGCUAUGGGAUUCUAUCAUUAAGAUAGAGAAAUCUGGUAUCAUGAUGGAACUCACACUGUUUGUGCAGCCACUAGAGGAGAAGAUAAAACUUGCUCAUACACUGUCAAAUCUACUUCUAAUGCUGAUCAUAGCACUUACAUUGGAUUAAGUUCAUCAGUUGAUUGCUGAU